GCUGGGUUCCCUGUUGCGACGAGUGACUGGACGACUGAUCCGCGUGUCUCGUUUUCGAAGGUGACGGGGAAGUGGACGUUUGAGGCGGAUGAUGGGAUUGAGUACGAGCACGAUGGCGAGAAGCGUGCAUGGAUGCCUGUGGCCGACGAAUCCCUCAUCGAAGCCCAGCAGAAGGCGUACAAAGUCGAAGGCGUAGAUGAAUCCGCGACACCGAAGCCCAACAAAAAGAAGCGAAAAACCUACACCGGCGAAGACCCAACGGACACUCCUAACAAAGCCUCCAAAGCAAGCGCAAAAGACACUCCUCAACAACCCCGCAAGAAUGCCGCGGUAUACAUCACUGGUCUCCCGUUUGACGUGACGGUAGAUGAGUUGAAAGAGACUUUUACGCGGUGUGGUGUUAUCGCGGAGGAUUUGGAUACGGGAGAACCUAGGAUAAAACUGUAUACAGAUGAGCAGGGCCAGCCGAAAGGCGACGCCCUCGUCGUUUACUUCCGGGAGGAAUCCGUUGCGCUGGCAGAACAGUUGUUGGAUGACGCAGAACUCCGGCUCGGGGACUCCGGAACGCGAAUGCGUGUCCAAAAGGCAGAGUACAACUACAAGAAAGAGGUGACGGAGAGUACUGGUGAGCAAUCGGCGACGAAGAAGCGGUCGGUGCAGGAGAAGAAGAGGAUACAAGCGAAAUAUCAAAAGCUGAAUAAUAAGUUGGCGGAUUGGGAUGAGGACGACUUGCCAGAGGUUAGUACGACGGUGAGGUGGGCGAAGGUGGUUAUUUUGAAGCACAUGUUCACCUUGAAAGAGCUCGAAGAAGACCCCGCCCUAAUGCUUGAACUGAAAGAAGAAAUCCGGGACGAAUGUUCAAAACUCGGCCCCGUAACCAACGUAAUCCUCUACGAUGAAGAACCCGAAGGCGUAGUCUCCGUUCGAUUUUCCGACGAAGAAGCCGCACGGGCGUGUGUGAAGGCCAUGAAUGGACGGUGGUUUGGCGGGGCACAGGUUGAGGCGAUGAUUUAUGAUGGGCAGAUCCGGUAUCGGAAGAGUGGAAACAAGGAGGCC